UAGCCCGAACAAUAAUAAAUCGAGAUUCCGACUAAACCGAAAGCGAGCAUUUUAGACAGAACCCUUUAUGGAAAUCAGAAGAAUGCGACAUCUUUGACAUUUAUAGGUUCUAACAUCAUCUGAACUCGUAGCGUCAAGAGGAACCAAAUCAGUUCGAAAGAUGCACUCCACUGACAAGUGUUUUCAGCGUCUGGAGGGCUCAGAAGUGUACCAGAAAAGCCCUGAUGAAGAAUCAUGUGACGAGGAGAUGGACACAACCGAGGCAAAGUGGCACUGGUUCUUCCUUGCGGAGUGUGGCAUCUGGCAUAUGUUUGAAGAAGUUCCGAGCACAGGUUGUUCUGUCACCAAUGAGCAAAUUGAGCAAAACUACAGCAAGAAUCAGCAUGGUUCAAUGGACUUCUAUACAGCUAAAUAUACCUAUAAAAUAGACUUUUCCGCUAUGAAACAAUUAAAUGUGACGACUGGGAAAGAGAGGCCAAUCAGAAGAGCAUUACAGUCAGCUACUGACUUCAGAUUCAUCUGUGAUAACCUGGCUCUACCUGUUCCCAGUCACUGGGAGAGAGUUAAUACAGAUGAACCCUAUCAGCUGAUCGCUCUAUGUAGAGAUACAUUUGAGUACAAAGAAGUAGCUCGAUUAUACGAGAGAACCAUGAACCAGCCUAUCAGAUCCAUUCAGAGGAUACAGAACCUGGACCUCUGGGAGUUUUUCUGCAGGAAGAAGGCCCAGUUGAGGAAGAUAAAGUGUGGUGGAGACAUUGAAGAAAAGAUGCUCUUUCACGGAACUGGCCACAGCAAUGUGCAGGCCAUCUGCGCAUACAACUUUGACUGGCGUCUCACAGGAAGUCACGGCGACGUCUAUGGCAAAGGAAGCUAUUUUGCACGUGACGCAAAGUAUUCCAGCAAGUUUUGUCAUUCGACUAGCAAGCACAACUUUAUCCUGCAGAGACAUGGUCUAGCGCCUGCUAUUUUCCAGACUGAGCCACCUUACAAGUGCAUGUUCCUGGCAAGGGUUCUCAUCGGAGAAUAUACACUGGGUCACCCUCAGUACUGCAGACCGCCCUCUAAAGACAUGAGCAUUGCCAACUUCUUUGACAGUUGUGUGGAUGAUGUAAUCAACCCUAAGAUCUUUGUCAUAUUUGACAGCAACCAGAUCUAUCCGGAAUACCUUAUCGAGUUUUACUGAUGUCAAAGACAAAACAACAACAGAAAUCAUCAAAACCAUGGUAACAGCAUUUCUUUCAUUCUGAUAAGCUUGGAAACUAUGGACUUGGAGGAGUUAUAUAGCUUUGAGUACUGAAAGUGCUGAAAUCAGAAUGGAUACUUUGAAAGUGCCUUUGGUGCAAUACCACGAGAGGACAUUAUAUUGUGGCUAUAGGUGGGGCUAGAUUAAUGUUGCAUUCUCUAUAUAUUUUCGAUGGACUGUAUACAUGUUGAACUCUAUGGUUUGUAUGCAAUUUAUUUAAAUGUUAGACUGUGUACCAGUCUUUCUGGCUUCAAUGGUUCUAUUUUUCAACUAACAGGUAUUGCAUUCCAUUAAGGCAUUCGUUGCUAGUAAAGCAGGCGUUUACACAGCAAGUGUAAUUUAAGAUAUGAGAAUCCAGAUGCAUUAUGAUUAAUUCAUAUGAAAAUCAGAGUGACCUGAAAGUUUAUAAACAGUCAAAAAGAGAUACUUUGUUUAACCCUUGUGCGUUAAUAUAAAAAAACGUUCUCAGAAUCCUUAGAGGACAAAAAUGUCCACUUCAAAAAAACUGCCAUAAAAAUAUUAUAUAUUAAUAUUAUUUUCCACUUUCACUGACUUGGAUUUUUUAACCAGCAUCAGUCCUGAUCAUAACUACUAAAUAUUCAUUCAUUUUCAUGAUUUUAACCCUUUAAAUGCCAGUUUGUUACAUAAUGCCACUGUUGUUUUUUUAAACACGCACACAAAUUUGUCAAUACAGACAUACAAAACACACUCUGAUAUCAAUACCAACACACAUUGUUAGCUGCAUCAUUUAUUCAAUUGGCCUGCAGUGCUCUAUAAUACAGCAAACAGAAAAUAGGAAAAAAGCAUGUAUUUGCUCCAUAGGCCAAACAUGAGAAAAAUGGCGCCAUCUGGUGGAAAUGUAAAAAAGAAACAUUACUUUGAAGCCAGAGUUCUGGAAUGAAAGCAUAAUAUCAUAUAAUUCAUGAUUUUAUGCUUUAAUGAAACUGGGAUCAAAUAUUGCAGUUUCAAUGUGGAUAUUUUUGUCCUGAAGGUCCUGAGUGUAUCUAUUUUUUGUACACAGUGUACUGUAUUAUAAAUGAAUUAUAGUAACUGAGGUUGAAAUAUCAAAAUUACCCCAACAUAUGCACAGCUUUGGCAAUUGUAUGCCCAGCCAAAAUUAUUUAAAAAAUAAAUAAAUGAAAAAGACAAAAAUGUCACAAAGGUAAAAAAACUGAACACACACCCAUACCUCCAUAUUUAGGGUGUCAGGCAAAAAUAAAAUAUGGAACAUAUGGAAAAACCUGCUGGUAGACAAUGACUGGGUAUGCAAGUUAUGUUUUUGUUAUUAUUAUUAUUUUUCAUAAUCUACCUCUUCACAAUUCUACCUCAUUUCAUUUAUAUACAUUAUAUCUUAAAGAAAAGAAAAAUGCAAAUAAUGCAUAAAGUGCAGACAUUUAUUAAACUAUAUA